CGCUCUGACUGUUGCUGUUUGGCAGCUAUGACAACGAACUUUGAAAGUUAGAAGAAUGGCCUCAGUGAAGAAGAAGCUUUCGUCCUCUAAAGGACAUCAAAAGUGUCUGAAAUGUACGGUGCAGUUGGACAUCCAGGCAGUAAGUGUGUCUCUGUGCUGCUGCUUUGGUGUGAACUUCAAAAUGUGGCCUGAUGCUGUAGCUUAUUAACGCAUGCUAGCUAACGAGCUUACGUUCGCCUCCUGCAAACCUGUUUACGGUCCCCUAACUACACACUUAGCUAACCAGCUAACCCUAACUGUUCUGACUUAUCUGAUAGACUAUGGUUAUCCUGAUAGUUCUACCUAACUAACUUACUAACUCAUCCCAGAGAUUAAUAGCAACCUUGAUCCUGAUGCUGCAAUAAUUAAAUGAAUCACUGCAAUUAGUACAUACCGUUAGAGAUGAUAAGAAAGGCACGAACAUAAUAGCAAGAAUACUGUAACGUAGCUGCCUUUACAGUAUUAUUUAAAUUUACACAUACAUCAUGAAGUCGUAGAAAUGGUAAAUACACCUAGUGGAAAUAGUUGAUGUCCGUUUUGUAGAUUUAAGUAAUUCAAAGUAACUCGUUUUGCAUUUUUUUUAAUAUUCUAUAAGUAAUCUUCCUGUUUCAGUAGUAGUUAAGGAGAUCAGAUAUCUCACUUUAUGUGUGGGGUUGCAUUUUCAUCCCUUUAUUAACUCAAAUUUACAAAUGUCAACACAACUGAGUCUCACAAGAUUGGAUGUCAAUAUGAAAACCCAAAGAUGAUAACCAGACAGAACAGCAUCUCAAAUAAUUAACAGAGAAAAAGGCAGUAGAUGGGUGCACAAAGGCUAUCAAAUGAGACCACAAAAACACAUAUUAGCUCCCAUUUAUGCAUAAAGGAAAUGGGGAAAAUUGCAAUCAAAUACGAUACAAAACAUUAGUCUUUUUGUAUGUUAUGAUGUGAGAGUGAAAAGGGGAGGUUUAAAAGAUGGUAGUGAGACCUGCUCUGAUGUAUGGUUUAGAAACGGCGGUGCUGACUAAAAGACAGGAGGCCGAGCUGGAGGUGGUAGAUUUGAAAUAUAUUAAGACUUUUACUGGGAGUGACCAGAAGGGACAAUAUUAGAAAUGAGUAUGUCAGAAGGACAGCUCAAGUUGGGGGGUAUGGAGACAAAGUUAGAGAGGCAAGGCUGAGGUGCAGAGGAGGGAUAGUGGAUAAACUGGACAAAGGAUGUUUAAUAUGGAACUGCCAGGCAGUUCCAUAUUAAACAGGAAGACAACAGAGAAGAUUCAUGGAUAAGGAGAACAUGCAGUAGGUUGGUGUGACAGAAGAGGAUGCGAAGGAUAAGGUCACAUGCCCAGGAGUGCUACUUCCUAAGAAGUAUGAUAUCUACCUCAGUGUGUGCAUCAUGGGCCAGUACAGGAAGACUGCCUGUUUGCUCCCAGUUUUCCCUUUGCUCUUCCAACACAAAAUGGUUUUUGUCAAGACUUUCCCCGGUGUUGUUGACCCUGCUGAUGUAGCUGACCUCCUCGAAGCUGACACAACAUCUUUUGAGCUGAUUCAGUUGGUGCCUCCAGAAGGUGAGGUACUUGCCACAAUAGAGGAGAGCAGCAGAGAUUUCCUGUAUCCAGGUCCCAGGCUGAGCUCAAGAGCUGCAGAGCGAGAAAUACUGAUGAAAAGAUCGCCCUCCUUUCCUGGAAUCUCCCCUAAAGUAGUGUUUUCCACGACAUCAGUCAUAGAAGACAGUGAUGGCAGAGACCACUGGACAGCCUCGCCUACUGGCUGUGUUUCUCCAGUGAGGCCUUCCUUAACCCCUUCCAGACGGAGUUCAGCAAAAAAGCCUGUCCGCGGGCAUUUUUCCAAAGCAGAUGGUGGGAACUGUGUCUCUUUGAAAGGUGGGAAGGACAAGCUGAGUGUUGAGGCUAAAAUUACAAACUCUGCACCGUCAUCAACAUCCAGGCAAUCCCCGUCAGUCUGCAGUCCUCAAAAAAACAAGAAGGAAAGAAAAUGCAAUCUGUCUGGAGUUUCUGUGACAUGUGGCUACCAGCAGCCCACGGUUUCCUCAAGGACGCGAGCCCUGUCCCCCUACACUCACAGAAAGAUGUGCCAGCUUUCUGAGGAUUCCAGACAGAGGCUCAGCCAUCUCCAGCUGGGGCCUCACUACUUUAGGAAGGAAACCGAGUGCCCGACACCGUUCUUGGUCUCUCACUGCAGCAGGGUCUCUGGGAUGGGAACUUCUUCCUCCUGUGCACUAAAUAGUAGCAUUCAUCAAAGCUCUGUGAGCUUCUCAGCUAAUCCCACAGAUUCUUCUGUCUUUGGGAGUUACAGACCAAGAACAGCAAGAGUGAAAUCAGCAUUUGUGAACGAGGACUCGCGUCCAAAGACUCCAUUCCAACGUGAACCCCAAAUUAAAAGUGCUGUUAGAAGUUCUGCCUCAGCUCCGUCCGACCCGACUGCGCCAAACUCCAGAAAGCCUUUGAACCUCAGCAGCCAUUCCCUCAGAGAAAGACUCAGAGCCAGUCAGACCAGUCCACCAUACUGGGAGCAGAUUCAUAGUCGAGUCCAGAGGAUUCUGCAGACUCACAAAACAAACUGGAACCAAAGAGCGAGCUUUGACCUUUAACCCACUGAUGGAAGUUACCAUACCAAGAGAUUCAAUUAUUAAACCAGUAUUAAACCUGCAUUAUUAAACCAACUUCUGUGGGGAAGUUGUACACAUACAGGCACUAACACUUUAACAUCAAGAUUUUGUCACAGAGACUUGAACCAGCUCAUACACAUGUAUCUUAAUCAAGCUCCUUUUCGUCUUCAUUUAAAUUUCAAACCUCCCCAGCACGUGCUGAGCUGUUUGUUGUUGUUCAUCUUUGAAAAGGCAGGAAAUGUGCAGGGGUUACGUUCAAAAGCGUAGCAGUGCCACUUCACUCCCACCUUUCAGCUGGGCUGUAUUUAAAAAAAAAAAAAAAAUAGCCUGAUGGUGAAACCAAAGUGAGACAUCGCCUAAUUUCUCUAAAGCUGUGUGUGAAAUUGGCUCAGGUAUAAAAAAGCAACAUUCUGUGUGUGCGCGUGGGAAGUGACAUAGUGGAUGUAAGCUGCAGCUGUUAAGGGCUCAUCUCUUACAGCACAAAAGAGAGACAAGAAGGUAGCCAAGAGCCACUGUUGGGAUCCAAGAGCUACGAGAGACUGAAGACAUUUGAGAGGGAGCGUGAGGAGGAACAAAGGUAAUCCUGAAUGAAAGAGCAGCAGACACAAAGAAAUUUAGCUUUAACGAAAAAUUAAGGCAUUCACUUUCACAAUGUUACACUGAAACAUCUUCAACACAUCUGAAGUGUGUGUUAGCGUUCCUGUGCUACUGACACAGAGGUCACGCGACACAGAGGAAUGUUAUUCUGCCGUCGUAGCUGAAUCAGAUCUUCUGCAGCAGCGUGGAGGGGGUUUUCACUUUGUGAGUCUGUAGCUGAAAUUGCAGCAAAUAAACAGGCUUUUUUUUUUUUUUUGGUACUUUGGCAGCACAACACAACAUACAGCCACACAACUUUACAGAGGCCUGUACCAUGAAGUAGCAUUUUGGGCUUGUCCAGGUAACUUCAGGGUUAACCCUACAAAGGCUGUAUUGGGAGUACAUCUCCACAGCAGUAUAUGCUGCAGGCCUAACCUCCUCUGGAUCAGGUUAUUCUCCUGAUUAUUUUCCUGCGUUGGCUGCAAACAAUUUUAUUCUACGCAUUAAUCCUAUGGACACCUAUUUGCACUUGUGGACCUUUUAACACAUUUGCAUGUAGUUUAAGCCUAUGUUUGGAUUCAGUUUUUGUAUUUAAUCUUUAGUGGCAGACGGUUAAACACCAGCUGGGCUGCACCUGAAAGAAUAAAUAACUGUUUUAAGCACAUCUUAAAUGCUACUUUCAGCUGCUCCUUUAUUAACAAGGGGUCGCCACAGCGGGUAGCACCGCAAGUUUGAGCUGGCAAAUCAUUUUUUAAAGUAGAUGCCUUUCCUCAUGCAACCCAAAAGGCAUCUUAAGCACAUCCUAAUAUUAAUUUAAUGGAAUAACAACUUCAUUAAUAAUGUAGGUAUUUUCCAGUCUUACUGGCCAAAGCACUGAAAGUGCACACACAUUCAUCCAGUGCAUUUAAUGCUAUAUAGUCCUACUGUGCUUUUCCUUUUACAUUCAGUGUUGCUGUCAAUCUGUAUUAUGUGUAACUUUUUUUUUUAAAUAAUGUUUUAAUUUCUUUCUGUAAAAUCAGCCACUCUGCUGCCAGUACAUUUAUGUUUGAGACUGGUCACAUGCUGUCAAUGCAACCCAUUUCAUGUGAGUGUGCUCGUAGCAAAUGUGAUGUGAAUGCAUGGGGUAAGUGAAGCCUGACAGCCUGGUUUUGUAGUGCAGAUCAAAAUUAAUGUCAAGUUUAAAGAUGUGCAGUCCGACCCACGAGCCAUUUAAUUCAAUGUAAUUCAAUUUUAUUUAUACAGCACUAAAUCACAAUAAACACUUGCCUCAAGGCGCUUUAUAUUGUAAGGUUAAAAACCCCACAGUAAUUUACAUGCCCAUAAUUAGUUUGCAUUGUUAAUAGUUGUAACUCUGAAUAUGAAGUUAUUUCAUCUGGUAUAUAAUCGUAUUUUCCAUGUUGGGUGUCGUCCAAAAACU